AUGUUGAAUCUAUUGAGAGAAGAUUUAGUAUUCUUAGUGCAGAACUAUUAUGACAUAAUCGUGGUUGCUUUACUCUCUAUCGGAGUAGCAUAUUUCAUUCCAAAAGCUUGGAAAAGAACUAGAAACAAUGGAGAAGAUAUCCCUGGUCGGCUGGGAUUACCUUUUAUUGGGGAAACUUUUUCUUUUCUUUCAGCCACUAAUAGUACAAGAGGAUGCUAUGAUUUUAUCAGACUUAGGCGAUUGUGGAAUGGGAGAUGGUUCAAGACAAGGCUAUUCGGCAAGAUCCACAUAUUUGUUCCUAAUAGUGAAGGUGCAAGGACGGUAUUUGCUAAUGACUUCGUUCUAUUCAACAAGGGUUAUCUGAAAUCAAUGGCAGAUGCUGUGGGAAAGAAAAGCUUAUUAUGUGUACCAGUUGAGAGCCACAAAAGAAUAAGGCGUCUUCUAUCUGAACCAUUCUCUUUGACUUCCCUAUCUGCAUUUGUCUCAAAAUUUGACAAAAUGUUGUGUGGAAGGCUGCAAAAGCUAGAAGAAAGUGGGAAAAGUUUCAAGGUGCUUGACUUCAGUAUGAAGAUGACAUUUGAUGCAAUGUGUGAUAUGCUGAUGAGUAUCACGGAGGAUUCAUUACUACAACAGAUCGAGAAAGAUUGCACUGCUGUCUCUGAUGCCAUGCUGUCCUUUCCUAUCAUGAUUCCUGGAACCAGAUACUAUAAAGGCAUAAUGGCUCGUAGAAGGCUCAUGGAAACAUUCAGAGAAAUCAUUGCCAGACGAAGGAGGGGAGAUGAGUCUCCAGGGGACUUCCUACAGUCCAUGUUGCAGAGAGAUUCAUUCCCAGCCAGUGAAAAGCUUGAUGACUCAGAGAUAAUGGAUAACCUGUUGACAAUGAUAAUUGCUGGACAGAGCACAACAUCAGCAGCAAUGAUGUGGAGUGUAAAGUUUCUACAUGACAACAGAGAAGCACUGGACAUACUCAGGGAAGAACAAUUGUCAUUAACCAAAAUGAAGCCAGAAGGAGCUUCACUUAACCAUGAGGAUCUCAACAAGAUGCGUUAUUGUUUGAAGGUAGUAAAGGAAACACUGAGAAUGUCCAAUGUCCUGUUGUGGUUUCCUCGUGUUGCACUUCAAGACUGCAAAAUUGAAGACCUUAAAUUGAAGGGGCUUUGUUUAUCAUUAGUCUUUUUGGCUUCCAUGACUAUGUUGUUAACUAUACGAGUGGCAAUGACAGGGUAUGAUAUAAAGAAAGGUUGGCACGUUAACAUUGAUGCAACUUUUGUCCAUUAUGACUCAGAUUUGUACAAGGAUCCGUUGAAAUUCAACCCGCAAAGAUUUGAUGAAAUGCAAAAGCCCUAUAGUUUCAUGCCUUUUGGAUCAGGGCCUAGGACAUGCCUAGGGAUCAAUAUGGCGAAAGUGACAAUGUUGGUCUUUUUACACAGAGUCACAAGUGGUUACACGUGGACCCUAGAUGAUUUGGAUACAUGCUUAGAAAAGAGUGCACACAUACCUAGACUAAGAAGUGGCUGUCCAAUAACGUUGAAGUCCUUAAGCAAAAGCAUGCCAGAGGCAUAAAUGGGGAAGAUUCACGAGACAAGGAUUUCACAGUGUGAAGGCCAAUGAACAAUAUGCAGCAGACAGCUGUGUGUAUCUGAAAAUUUAUGAGACUCGAAGCAAAUUGAAUCGCAAUAAAUAAAUAUUGCAAGAAUUAUUGAUGUAUUAAUCCA